CCGCCUCCGCCAAUAAACGUGCGCAGAGCUCAGCGUCUCUGGGUUGCCAUAGUAUCGCGCGGUUCCGCCGCCGCCGAGUUCCGGCCGCGCCGCGCCCGCGCUGUCGCGUUCCGGUGCCGAGCGGGCCCCCGCCAUGGCGCUCGCCGGGCGGCGCGACGCGCCCGAGCCGCCGGACUUCGGCAUCCUGAAGCGGCUGGCGCGGGACCAGCUCGUCUACCUGCUGGAGCAGCUGCCCGGGAAGAAGGACCUGUUCAUCGAGGCCGACCUGAUGAGCCCCCUGGACCGCAUCGCCAACGUGUCCAUCCUGAAGCAGCACGACGUGGACAAGCUGUACAAGGUGGAGAGCCGGCCGGGGCCCGGCGCCAGCGACCAGUUCUGCUUCCUGGUGCGGCCGCGGGUCCGGACCAUGCGGCUCAUCGCCGAUAUUGUCAACGCUGACAAGAUGUCGGGCAGGAGCAGGAAGUACAAAAUCAUCUUCAGCCCCCAGAAGUUCUGUGCCUGUGAGAUGGUGCUGGAGGAAGAGGGGGUCUUUGGAGAUGUCACCUGCGAUGAAUGGUCCUUCUACCUGCUGCCCCUGGAUGAGGACAUCAUUAGCAUGGAGCUGCCCGAGUUCUUCCGUGACUACUUCCUGGAGGGAGAUCACCGCUGGAUCAACCCCGUGGCCAGGGCCCUGCAGCUGCUGAGCUCCCUCUACGGCCCCUUUGGGAGGACGUACGGCAUCGGCCGCUGUGCCAAGAUGAGCUACGAGCUGUGGCGGGACUUGGAGGAAGAGAGCGACAGCGAAGGGCAGGGCAGGAAGCCUGAGAUUGGGCACGUCUUCCUCAUGGACAGAGACACCGACUACGUGACAGCACUCUGCUCCCAAGUGGUCUACGAGGGGCUCGUGGACGACACCUUCCGCAUCAAGUGUGGCAGCGUGGAUUUUGGGCCAGAUGUCACCUCUUCUGACAAGAGUAUCAAAGUGCUGCUCAAUUCCCAGGACCAAGUGUUCAGCCAGAUCCGCAACGAGCACUUCUCCAGCGUCUUUGGCUUCCUCAGCCAGAAGUCACGGAACCUGCAGGCGCAGUACGACCGGCGCCGGGGCAUGGACAUCAAGCAGAUGAAGGACUUCGUGUCGCAGGAGCUGAAGGGACUGAAGCAGGAGCAUCGCCUGCUGAGCCUGCAUAUUGGUGCCUGUGAGUCUAUCAUGAAAAAGAAAACCAAGCAGGACUUCCAAGAGACCAUCAAGGCUGAACACGCACUGCUGGAGGGCUUUGACAUCCGUGAGAGCACCAGCUUCAUCGAAGAGCACAUCGACCGGCAGGUGUCCCCCGUCGAGAGCCUGCGCCUCAUGUGCCUCCUGUCCCUCACGGAAAACGGUCUCAUCCCCAAGGACUACCGCUCCCUGAAAACGCAGUACCUGCAGAGCUACGGGCCCGAGCACUUGCUGACCUUCCACAACCUCAAGCGCGUCGGGCUGCUGACCGAGCAGGCAGCUGGGGAGACCCUGACAGCCGUGGAGAGCAAAGUCAGCAAGCUGGUGACAGACCGUGCUGCGGGAAAGAUCACAGAUGCCUUCAGUUCUUUGGCCAGGAAGAGUAAUUUCCGAGCCAUAAGCAAGAAGCUGGGGUUGAUCCCUCGGCUGGAUGGCGAGUAUGACCUCAAAAUGCCUCGGGACAUGGCGUAUGUUUUUGGCGGGGCCUAUGUGCCCCUGAGCUGCAAGAUCAUCGAGCAGGUGCUGGAGCGCCGCGGCUGGCAGGGCCUGGAGGAGGUGCUGCGUCUGCUCAACGGCAGCGAGUUCUCCGCGGCAGACAGCGCCGCCGAGGACAGCGCCGCCGGCGAGAGCCAGCGCGUCGUGCUCGCCGUCUUCCUGGGGGGCUGCACCUUCUCCGAGAUCGCGGCCCUCCGCUUCCUGGGCAAGGAGAGAGGCUGCAAGUUCAUCUUCCUGACCACGGCCAUCACCAACAGCGCCCGCAUGAUGGAGGCCAUGAUCGAGGCCAAGGCCUGAACCGCAGGGCCCGAGGGCAGCCUGCCAGUAAAGAUUGUGCUGACAAUGA